AUGCUCGAUGCCAUUACCGAUGGGGCAGCGAUGGCAUCGAUAUCCACACCCCCACUACUACCACCACUGCCGCCAGCAUCGACAACAACGACAGUCCAUUUCCCCCGUCGCCAAUGGGUCACCUUUGAUGCUGAAUGGAAACUGACUUUGACCGCCACGGCCGAGCUCGCUUGGGAUACAUUGGGAGGCAUUCCAGGGUCUUACAACCCUGGCGUUUUCCGCAGCCAGGUAGUUACUGCGGCUCGCGUUGCCGAGCUUGUUCGAGCUGGCCGGCUGUGGAUUGGCAGUGACGGGCGCAGUGUCGACCUGACUGUACGCCCCAUGCUGGAGGGGAAGCGUAUGAGCAAUGGAGGCACUCAGGGCGACGGCGAAGACGAUGACAACGACUACCUUUGUGAGCUGUUCCGCGAGACCAUUAUGGAGUGGCCCGCGUGGAAGGACCGGCUAGGACUACGUGUUCGAAGCAGGAGCGCGGAGACGGGGUCUCGUGAAGAUACAACUCUCCUGUAUUUGACUGUUACCCAUCCACCCUCGCCCGGAGGACUGUUCGCACCAAGCCAAGCCGGUAGCGGCAUCCCACUGGCCCGACUACAGCGCGUGACGUGCCAGCUGGGUCUCCGAUAUUCUGCGGAAGGAUUCAAGCUCCCGCGAGCGACGGUGGCGACGAAGAGGGCUAAAAGUAAGGCGCAAGCAGCAAGCAGAUCCAAGCCAAAGCCAAAGUCGAAAGGAGGAAGCCGGUCGUUCAGAUCCGAGGAGAAGCCACCGCCCGCCCGCCCAAACUUGCGACCUCGACCGAGUGAAGCCGCCCGGCGGCAAAGGCAGCAGCAGGUCAUUGACCCGCGGGACGUGCUGGUGGUUGGCAGUGCCGCGUGGCGUCAGUCUGUCUCUCUCAUUACAACGGCGCUUCAUGUGCUCGUGGGCACGGCAGGAAAAGCACCACCGGUGCCAGGUAUCCGGCCCGUCGAUGCCAUUUCCGCACCACACGGUGCUCCGUCACUGCUGGAUGUGGCACCGGCGGUAUGGAGCAACCACUACUUUACGUCUGCCAGUUUGCGGAGAAAGGCCGAGGCGCUGGCCGAGAGUGGCGGCGUUGACGAGUUCGUCCAGGCCAACACGGAAGAGGGACCGCUCAUGAGGAAACUCGAAGAGAUCUUGCUCAAGAGUGUGAUGCAACUGCCACUUCGACCAAAGAAGCCACCGAACCGAAGGCCAGACGUACACGAACAAACCGAUCUGUCGCGGCCCGUGUCGGUGACGCUGGCAUCCAGGGCAAUAAAAGGACCUGGCCACCCUUCGUAUCUACCAAUAGCACCUGGACCAAGUCAUGUAUCGCCAGUAGAAUUGUUUUCUUCUCCGACUAUUGAGCGUCUAGACUUUGAGCCGGACGAGGAUCAAGUGGUUGAUUUGUGUCACGACAACUUGGAGGCCAUCUUUACCCAAUCGUCGGAUGCCGACGGUAGCUCUCAAGAGCAACCACUGGAGUUGGAGGUGUAUGCAGAAGCUAAUGAUGACGACGUCGAAAUCGAAGCACAAGAGCUAGACUGGCAAGACAUCGAAGCCUGGUCCGAGCCAAACAUGUACCAGGCCAACGAAUACAUGGACGACGAAGACAGUCGUUUUGACGAGAUCAGCGAGGGUUGGUCGCCAGACGGCCAAGUCUACGAGGAGAACGAGGUACUGGAUGAAGAUCAAGAAUACGAAGACGGCCUUGAUGGUACUCUUUCCGACGAUGUGGGUAGUGGCCCCGCGUUAUGGCAGGACAUGCAUGCAUGGCAGCUUGACAGGUUAGGGGACUUUGAGAACGAGAGUCGGCCUAUGCAUCACGAUAUGGGCUAUAUGGACGACGACGAAACUGAGUUUAUGGACAUUGCCGAAGAGGAUCUCGAUGAAGGUGUGGGACUCUGGCGAGACGAAAGUGACAUCAUUCAAGUUUGCCUCUGA